AUGGCUAGGGCUCCGCCAAAUUUUGAAGUGAAUUUAGAUGACCCAAAUGAUGCAAGACAAGCCGCAACUGCUGUGUUAAUACUAUCGUGGCACUUUCAAACACAUCAAGUUCCAAGGACAAGGCAGCUAGUCCAUACAUGCCCUUUCACAGGUCAAGGUUGGGUUGACGACUUGUUGGGGGGAAAGUGCAUCAGGAUGCUUAACAACAUGCGCAUGAAUGUGCCCACAUUUAUUCAACUUUGUCGGAUAUUGCGUGAAUGUGGAUACAUUAUUGAGGGCCCCUGUGAUAAAGUGACUUUAGAGGAAGGAGUAGCAAUUGCUUUAUAUGGACUGAGCCAUGAUUUGACACAAAGGGUGCUAGGUGAGCGAUUUCAGCAUUCCACUGAGACCAUUCAUCGACACGAUUGCAUUGGGGCUAUUGAUGGAACACAUGUCUCGACAAGCAUGCCAAGAGGGGAACAGGAUGCCUUUCGUAAUAGAAAGGGCAUGCUUUCACAAAAUGUUUUAGCUGCAUAUGACCACAAUAUGAGGUUCGUUUAUGUCAGAGCUGGUUGGGAAGGUAGUGCCCAUGAUAGUCGUGUCUUAUUGGAUGCUAUUUCCAAUCCGGAUGCAGCAUUUCCAACCCCACCGGCUGGAAAAUAUUAUGCAGUUGAUGCAGCGUACAGACACAUUCCAGGAUUCAUGGCCCCUUUCAAGAGUGGUCCAGGAGGAAGAUCACAAACUACACAGAAAGGAUUAUUUAAUCGCCGCCAUUCUUCGGUUCGAAAUAUAAUAGAGAGGACGUUUGGGGUAUGGAAAAUGAGGUUCAAAAUUCUGAAUGGUCCUAUGAAAAACUAUCCUAUUGAGGCACAGAGGAACAUUGUAGUGGCGUGCUGCGUACUACACAAUUUCAUUAGAGAGAUGCAGCCAUACGAUGUCUACUUACCGGAUGAAGUUAAUAUGGAUGGCGGAGGUACCGAGGGAGCUCAAAUGCCACAAUUCCACGUCACUCCAGAAGCACUCCAUGAUUGGAAGGAAUUACGAAAUGCAAUGGCUGAUCACAUGUACCUUCACCGAAAUGAGUAG